UAAAGUUAUAUGAAAGGUUUUGGGCAAAAUGGGAAAGACAACUACUGCUCUAUUAAGCUGAAGCCUCGACAUAACCCUUAGUUGAACCCCUUUCUUUUGCAGUCUAGAGCAACACGCGCGCUCGUUUGUCUCUCCGAUUUCGAUUUUCAGAGGUACCUGUUUAGGAUAAAGUGAUGAAACCAUCAGAGCUAAGGUAUUUGGAGGAUGAAGAUACUCCUAUAAUGAAAACAUUUAAGGGUGCAACAAUGGGUUUGGCUGCUGGGACUCUCUGGGGAACCAUUGUUGCUACUUGGUAUGAUGUGCCUCGUGUUGAGAGAAAUGUGGCGCUUCCAGGGUUGUUGAGGACGUUGAAGAUGAUGGGUAACUAUGGGAUGACAUUUGCUGCUAUUGGGGGAGUUUAUAUCGGUGUUGAGCAGCUCGUGCAGAAUUACAGGAUGAAGAGAGAUUUUAUUAAUGGAGCUGUUGGAGGUUUUAUUGCUGGGGCAACUGUUCUUGGCUACAGAGGAAGGAGCAUUUCUACUGCUAUUUCUGCUGGCACAGCACUUGCUGUUACUUCUGCCGCAAUUGAUGUUGGUGGUCAAACCACAAGAAGAGACACUGGCAAGGAAUAUUACCCUUACACCACAAAGAAAAGAUCCGCUGCUGAUCAAUGAUUUCUCAGUCGAAAAGAAGCUGGUGGCAAAAACAUGAGACAGAGUUUUCCACUUUUUAUGUUUGCUUCAAAGAUGUAACAAUACUCUCAGCUCUAUUUCAUUGUUUCAACUUGUAAGUUUUUAGAGCUUGAACAGAUGUUUGGAAUAAAUAUGCUUUGUCAUUUUGCUCUGCUA